CGCGCGGCCGUGACACAGCGCGCGCCAGGCUUCCCCGCCCCGCCCCGGUCUCUGAGCUUUCGCUGCCGGACGGAAGAAGCCGGGACGCACCCUCCUUCCGCCCGGCCUGGCAGACGCUGCUCGGCAGCCGGCGCGUGCAGCCCAAUGACCGCGGACAUGCUGGACGCGGGGGAAGAGAGCACAAGAUCAGGAUCAGAAGAGCAAGUCCCUCUGUAUGAAGAAUUUAUUUACUGUUGUGGAGCUGCUACUCAGGUCUUAAAGUGUGGGCCCUGGAAAGACCUCUUGGAAACUGAAAGUAAAACUCUCCCCAGGCUCUUAUUUCUCAUUAUUCCAGGUAACCCAGGACUGGCAGGCUAUUACAGGACCUUCAUACGGGCAUUAUACCAUGGACUAAACCGGCGGUAUCCAGUUUGGGUUGUGAGCCAUGCUGGGCACUGCAAGCCCCCUAAUGGCAUGGGAAUGACAGAAGGUACUGAUUUACUACCUGACAAAAUGGAGUUUGUGGUUCCAUUUGCAAAUCCUCUCUGUGUAACUAAUAUAGGAACAGAUUCUGCCUUCAGUUACAAUGAUAUAAAUCCAGAUUAA